AUCGAUUUAAUGGGUUUAUGUUCAAAGUUGUUUGACAUUAUCAUUAAAUUAUUAUUUAUUAUAUGCAUUUAUUAGUUUGUACAUUUAAAAGGCGAUGCAUUUGCAGUAAUAUUUUUUAGAUUCUAAUUAUUUGGUAAUAUUAAUCUAUAAUAUUCAUUAUCAUUUAAUUUUUGUGAUAUAAUGACUGGUACUAAAACUUACAGUACUUCUAAUCCAGAAGAAGUGGAUAAAAAAGAACAAUAUAAUAGAAAAUGGAAUAAAGAUAAAAUACUUUUACGUACAUUUGCUUUAAUAACAUGUAUUAAAGCGUUGUUAAUUCCUUGUUAUUAUUCCACAGAUUUUGAAGUACAUCGUAAUUGGUUAGCUAUAACGUAUAGUUUACCUAUUAGAGAAUGGUAUAUUAAUGCCAAAUCUCAAUGGACAUUAGACUAUCCACCACUUUUUGCAUGGUUUGAAUAUGUCCUUAGUCAAGUGGCUCAUUUAUUUGAUGAAAAGAUGCUCAAAGUUGAUAAUUUAAACUAUGCUUCGCCUAUUACAAUUUACUUCCAAAGAACUACAGUUAUGGUCAGCGAUCUUAUGUUUGUGUAUGGUAUAAGAGAAUUAGGCGAAGUAUUUUAUAAAUCUUAUAACAGUUACUGCGUUUUUAUAUUUCUGUCGUUAUGCAAUAUAGGAUUACUGAUCGUGGACCAUAUACAUUUUCAAUAUAAUGGAUUUCUAUUAGGCUUUUUAUUGUUGUCCAUUGCUAAUGUUUCAAGAAUAUGGAAUCAGGCAUCUAUAUUACAAGGAGCCGCUUGUUUUGCCAUACUAUUAAAUCUUAAACAUAUUUAUUUAUAUGUAGCACCAGCGUUUAUAGUUUGGUUACUGAAAUCAUAUUGUAUGAGAAAUGGUUGGUUUAUUAAAAGAAUUUUUAUAUUAGCAGCAAUAGUUAUCACUAUAUUAACACUGACAUUUGGACCAUUUAUAUAUCAACUGCCACAAAUUAUGUCUCGACUGUUCCCUUUUAAAAGAGGUUUAGUCCAUGCAUAUUGGGCAGCAAAUGGGUGGGCUUUAUAUGUUACCGCAGAUAAGGUACUAUCUGUUAUUUGGAGAUAUUUAGGAUGGAUGGAAACAAUUAAAUCUGCGGUAAUGACUGGAGGUUUAGUACAAGAAGAAAUAUUUCUUGUUUUACCUUCUCCUAAACCUAUUAUUACAUUUAUGCUUACUUUUGUAGGAAUGCUUCCUGCCUUAUACAUCUUACUAUGCAGAAAAAGUGCAGUUACUCCAACAAAUUUUGUUAGAUGCUUGGUCCUUUGUGCUUUAACGUCUUUCAUAUUUGGUUGGCACGUACACGAAAAAGCUAUUUUGACUGCAAUUAUACCUUUAUGUGUUCUUGCCACAGUGGAUAAUAAUGAUGCUCGCAUUUACAUAAUACUAAGUAGUGCUGGACACACUUCACUUUUACCUCUGCUUUACCCGGACAAUUUAACCCCUUUGAACAUCUUAUUAUUAUUAUUACAUAUACUUUCGAUUAACUUAAUAUUACAAUAUUUAUUUAAGAAGUCUCUCUUAUAUUUACACGAAUUUCUUUAUGUAAGCUUACUUCCUCUGGUUGCUGCUUACGAAUCAAUACUACACAAAUUCUUUUUUGGUGAUAAUCUACCGUUCUUACCCUUAGCUCUUAUAUCCAUUUACUGCGCGAUAGGUAUCAUUUAUUCUUGGCUCUUUUACUAUUACUAUUUUAUAUAUGAACAUGAAAAUAACAGGAAAAGAAGAACUAAAAAAGAAUAAAAGAGAA